GUGUCAAAACUCCAGUGAGUCGUAUUUCCAUGCCUUGCAUGACGUCACAACGGGUAGGGCGCAAUCACAUGGAUUUCGGGGCUGGACAGGAAACGGAGACGCCAGGAACGCGCAUCGGUCCGCAGCUCAGAACGGGAAUGGAAGCGGGAGAGAAACGGGAGGCUCGCUCGUCUCAUCCUCAUCAUCAUCACCAUCCUCAUCCUCAAAUAUAAGCGGUCGGCACGGGCAGCGAAACCCCGAUUUAAGUGCAGGACCUGGGAUUCUGUCGGUGGAUUUGCGCAACACAUCAGCGGCUUUUUUCCAUUGUUACCGUUUCCUUCGGACAAGACAGAAGCCGCAGAACCGUCGGCUGCUUUGCGACAAUUGAUUGAGGACCUUUUCCCUUCAGAAAUCAGCUUGGCACUGCCACAGAACCAAAGAUGGAGCAGUUUUCAGAUGAUGAGCUAGAUCACGCUGCAGAGGAGGACAGCGAUAAAGAGGACCAGGACCUGGACAAAAUGUUUGGAGCAUGGCUCGGAGAGCUCGACAAACUCACAAAGAGUCUAGAUGAUGGGAGACCAGAGAAGGUGCAGAAAGCACCUCUCAGACAAGAGACAAACAUGGCCAACAUGGCCUACCGCUUUUCCGUUUAUAACAUCAACGAGGCACUGAACCAGGGUGACGCAGUGGAUCUGGAUGCUCUGAUGGCAGACCUCUGUUCCAUCGAGCAGGAGCUCAGCACCAUCGGUAAGCCCAGCAGCGCUUCCUCUCGUCUCGGACUGGCCGGCGACCCCAAAGUCCGGCAGAAGCCCCCCGCCGGCCGCAGUCACAGCACUAAGCACACGGGCAGCAGCAGCGGAGGGGCGAGUAGCAGUGGCGGCAGCACCAGCAGCAGUACCCGCGCCUCGCCCGCAUCUACGGUCAGAGUGGGCAGCGCCACCAGCAGACCCUCGCUGGCAUCCAACUUCUCUCUGGAUGACAUCACAGCCCAGCUGGAAAAAGCCUCCCAAAGCAUGGACGAAGCAGCCAGGCAGAGCUCCACGUCCCUGGGCUCUACGAUCUCAGCACCGUACUCUUCCUCCACUGUGAGGCGGCCGCCCUCCCAUCAUCAUCAUCAUCGCAGGACAGGGUCCGUGGGUACGGUCACAGAGCAUGAGGUGCGGUCCUUUGCCCAUUCCUCUCGCUCUAGUAUUAACUCCGCUUCUGCGUCCAGCAUGGACUCGCUGGACAUCGAUAAACCCAAGUCUGAUCAGGACGGGUUACAGGACGGACAUGACCAGCCGAGUUCAGAGCACUCGUAUCUGGACAGGGAGACCUCUCUCAUUCUGAAAAGCAUUGCAGGAAAGCCCUCUCACUUGCUGACCAAGGAGGAACAAGCUGCCAAACAAAAAGCUGAGAAGAUCCGAGUAGCUCUGGAGAAGAUAAAGGAAGCUCAGGUUAAAAAGUUGGUAAUCCGAGUGCACUUAUCAGAUGAAAGCUCAAAAACUAUGAUGGUGGAUGAGAGACAGACUGUGCGUCAGGUGCUGGACAACCUGCUGGACAAAUCUCACUGCGGGUAUAGCCUGGACUGGUCUCUGGUGGAAAUCAUCACUGAACUCCAGACGGAGAGAAUCUUCGAGGAUCAUGAGAACCUGGUGGAGAACUUGCUAAACUGGACCAGGGACAGCACCAACAGACUGAUGUUCAUCGAACGCAUUGAGAAAUACGCGCUUUUCAAGAACCCUCAGAACUAUUUGCUGGGGCGUAAGGAGACGUGUGAAAUGGCAGACAGAAAUAAAGAGGCUCUGUUGGAGGAGUGUUUUUGUGGAAGCUCCAUCAGUGUUCCUGAGAUGGAAGGGGUGCUCUGGCUCAAAGAUGACGGCAAGAAAUCCUGGAAGAAGCGGUACUUCCUGUUACGAGCCUCUGGGUUAUAUUACGUGCCAAAGGGUAAAGCCAAGGCCUCAAGAGACCUGGUUUGCUUCCUGCAGCUGGAUCAUGUUAAUAUUUACUUGGGUCAGGACUACCGCAGCAAGUAUAAAGCCCCAACUGACUACUGCAUGGUCCUGAAGCACCCUCAGAUUCAGAAGAAAUCACAGUACAUCAAGUAUCUGUGCUGUGACGAUGUCAGAACACUGCAUCAGUGGGUCAACGGAAUACGCAUUGCCAAGUAUGGGAAGCAGCUUUAUGUGAACUAUCAGGAAGCUAUGAGACGCACAGAGGCUGCUCAUGAUUGGUCCUCCCUGUCCAGCUCCAGUAUCAAGUCUGGUUCCAGCUCCUCCAGUCUACCAGAAUCUCAGUCCAACCACUCUAGCCAAUCAGACAGUGGCGUGUCGGAGACUACAUCCUCUGGUCAUGUGCGCUCUCAGAGUGUGGUCAGCUCCAUCUUCUCUGAGGCCUGGAAGAGAGGCAAUCAGGCAGAUGAACCCAAGAUGAGAAUGGACGGCCCACCAACACACCCUGCUAGAGCCUCUUACCCUCUACAACUUCCUCAACUACACCAGUCUAUCCAGUCUCGUAGCAGCUACAGCGGUGUGUCCCCAGUGUCUCCUUCCUCACCCCUAUCUCCACCACCGCCGCCUCCACCACCUCCCCCGCUCCCCAACCCCACGCACCACUCCACCCCGAUUAAGUUCACUAAAUACAGCACCCUUGCUAGGCUGCAAAACAUCUCCCAGGCUCAAAAUAAUUACAAACAGACCCCCUUAUUAGUAGUACAGCAGCAACCUAUUCCCCCUAUGCCACCCCCACAGUGUCUCAAACCUGGUAUGAAUAAUUUGGCAGAAACUGCCAGCAGUCCUCCUCCACCCCCACCACCACCACCACCUCCUCCAGAGAUGCCAGUGCCAGGGUCAGCCAUGGCAGUGUUGAAGCACGCCCCUCUCAGCCCCCACUACGUUCCCCCUCCACCUCCAGAGGAAGACCAUCUGCCACCACCAUCUCACUUACACAGUAAUGGCUACUUGCCUCCACCACCACCCCCAGAACAGUUAAAAUACCCACCUCCCCUCAGCACCAAUGGGCUCCAGCAGUUCUUAGCUCAGAAGUUCCCUAAUAUGGCCUAUGACUUCUCAUCUGUCCAGCAAGAUGAAGAGCCUCCACCACCUCCUCCAGUGUGUUUUUCUCCACCGCCUCAGCAGUCAGGUCCACUUGCCCCACCUAAAACCUUCACUGGUGUGUUUCCACCCCAAACGGCUCCAAAACCUGGCCAUGGCAUUUCCCCCGUUUCCCCUUUGCCACCUUCUCUGUCUCCAACUCCUCCGGCCACCAUGAGGAAACAGCAGAGCUUGUCCAGUGGUCACAGUCCCAAUCAACCUCCACCAACCCUUCCCAAGCAAUAUAGCCUUUCUUCCAAAGCUUCAUCUGUAUCUGCCCCCAUCUCUCCCACCCAAUCGCUUGUAAAGCAGAUUGUAAACCAAUUCCCUGACACUCUUGAUGGAUCCAAAUGUCCCAUAUCUCCUCCCGUGGUAAAAACCAAACCAAAAUGGCAGCCAGGAGGACAGGCUCAACCACAAUCUCCUGAAUUUCCUCCACCUCCACCAGAGAGUACCCUUGAAUUCCCUCCACCUCCUGCUCCAAGCCCGCCUCCUGCCCCUCAGCCUUCUGGCAAGGUGGGAUCACCAAUCAAGAAGUCCCCAUCAACAUCAUCAAAUUCUUCUACUGGUUCAGGAGGGAAGAAGCCCCCUCCAACCCCACAGCGCAACUCCAGCGUGAAGGCCUCCUCUUCUGUUGAGUACCAGGAGUCCAAGAAAGUGGAGAAUCUGGUCAGCAUGUUUGCCCAAACUAGUCAAGCCCCACCCAGUUCCUUUUCAACUCCAUCCUCUACGACAGGAUCACCUUCCAAGGACUCUUCUGCAGUAGCUCGGGCACCACAAAAACCAGGCAAGAUCAACUUGGCUAAUCUGCCUCUGGCUCUCCAGGGGAAGCAAGGUCAAUAUCUCCAGUCCAGCUUAGACUUCCCCUCUCCUCCUCCGGAGUGUGAAUUUCCCCCUCCGCCGCCAGACUCGGAACUCCUGCCUCCUCCACCUCUCCCGUCAGAACUGCACACUGGGGCUCCCAAAGUGGCCGUGGUGAACCCUCAACCCCAAAACUCCUCCACAUCCUCAUGGAAACAGAGCUCCUUGAAGAAAGCAACGCCUCUGACUAUGCACCGCCGCAGCAGUGGCCCGCCCGAACCACUUCUCCUUUCUCCACCUCCUCAACAGAUGACUCUGUCCUCUUUUAACUCUCAGAUCCCACCAACUUCGCCCAAGGCCAAUCUGUCCAUCCAGCCCAACUUCCUGGAAGACCUCAACAGAACUCUCAAAAGAAAGUCCAUGACUCGACAUGGCUCCCUCACCUCCUCACGAAUCUCAGCCAAGCUGGAGCCAGUAGCCACCAUGGACGAUAUGGCCCUUCCGCCCCCUCCUCCAGAGCUGCUGCUGGGCCAGCAGAAAAAAGGCGGAUACAUGAGCGCCAACAUCUCAGGCUAUGCAACAUUACGGCGGGGUCCUCCGCCGGCUCCACCCAAACGGGACCAAAACACUAAACUGACAAGCGAUUGGUAGUUGGGACAUAUGCUGAGUACGGAUAUGCUACUCUCCUUUUCCACUCUGUUUAUCUUCAACGGCUGAAACGUCUGCAUUAAAAUAAUACUCAUUUUAACCCCAGAUUAUAACCACAAUAUGAAAAAGCCAAACCAUCUAUAACAUAAGCUUCUCUGCGUGUUUGUGUCGCUUUGCUAUUAAGUGUAGCAGAUAUACAAAAAUUCUGAGAAAAAGAGACUGACGUUAUUAUAGGUACUGCAUGGACCCUGCGGUGUGGAAAGGGGAUAAUGUAUAUGUAUGAUAAAAUAUAUAUGUGGAACUCUGGGGUGGGAGGGAACUUGUACUUUUUUAUAUGAAAUUAUUUAAUACCUGAAAUAUAUUCUUAUUUUAAAAUUUAGUUUUGAAACCCUUGACUGUAAACGUUAAACGUGAAUAGAAAAUCAGGGUUGUUGAACCGAUGCUUGUGUGUGUGCGUGCGCGCAUUUUGUCUGAGUGAUUUGGUUGAUCCACUCUCAGAAAAAUAGUGAGGGCCUGGUAAUAAUGCCACCCUUGCUUGUCAUUAGAUGUGCGAAUCCCGAUGUGGGAAUUGCAUUGGUGUAGCAUACAUUCUAAAUGAAGUAUUCUACCAAAAUUUCCAUGUUUAAUUUAAAUGGUUUUGAACCUUCCACUAAAAUGUCAAAAGAAAGAAAAAAACAA